AUGUCUUCUGAAAAGCUCGCUCUCUCGUUCCAAGAUUACAUUCAACUCCAAACAUGCACUUUUGAAUGGGGAGAUAGUUACGAUGCAAAGGUUCAGCCCACUGCUUUUAUUGAUUAUCGUAUCGUGAUGGAUGAACGAUGGUACUGGCCUGAGAUGGAAGCCGAUGAUUUCAUUGCUAUGGUUUCAUCGGAAGGGUUCUUAGGUGACCCAUGCAUCAAGACUCAACAUUUACUGGGGGGUCAUUGGUACGAACCAAUCUCGGAGACCGAAGUCAUUGGGCAUCAUCAACUACGUGCAGCUCAUUCACGAUAUACCGAUGCUUCUUUGCGCGAGGUGGCUAAACGCGGCCAUGGCCAUGCUACCAACGAGCUGUUCUACCGCCGUAUCGAUGGAGUUUGGAAAUUUGCAGGCAUUCGGCCUUUUGUGCGUUGGAAUGAAUGGGACUUUGAGCAGAUAUUUCGUGGAUUGGAAUUCUCAGAGCAAAACGAAAAGGGAACGGGCAAACCGAUCUUUAAGGCCCUGCCUAGAAGAACAUAG